AUGAAUCGGAAAAGAGCGAGAAGUAGUGAUAAUAGUUUAUCUACAAAUUCCGGUCAGAUGAAACCACAGACAAAUACACAGCGACAUUUCGAUUUCAGUCAAGAUCAGAAAGUACAGGAAUUACAGAGAAGAAUUUGCAGUAAAACUAAUAUACCGUCUCCGGAUAAAGGUGACGUGAAAUUUCCAUGUCCUACGAAUUCGAAUAAGAAUUUUGGGUUUGCUAAGUGUUAUCGACAGGUCAGAAAGAAUCCUGCAUGCUCUAGACCAGCAUAUGAUACAGAUUUCAAAACAGCCAGUGGACGACCAGUUGUAAAAAAAGUAAUGCCAGUGUUUGCUGAUAAUACAAACGCCAAUAACGAGAAGACACAGCGCUAUUUGGGAGGAAGGAAAGUUGGUCUGGGGAGUAAGCUGUUACUUAAAAUGGAUACGAAAGAAACUGGUUGUGAAUCACUGCAGAAUAAACAGACUAAAAUGAAUUUUGAAUGUGGAGUUACACAUAAAAGGGAAGGAUGGAAGGCGGAUGAAUCACUAAAAAAUUUGGAAGACAAUAUAAUUAAUUUAAUCGAAGCGGAGAUCAUGCCAACGCGAACGGAUAUUCAAUGGGCGGAUAUAUCUGGUUUGGAGUUGGCAAAAAAAGCACUUAAAGAAAUUAUCGUUCUUCCGUUUCUCAGACCUGACAUUUUCAAGGGUAUACGUGCACCACCUAAAGGUGUGUUGCUUUUCGGACCACCUGGUACUGGCAAAACCAUGAUUGGACGAUGUGUUGCAUCGCAAUGUAACGCAACAUUUUUCAAUAUAGCCGCAUCGUCUAUUACGUCAAAAUGGGUUGGUGAAGGCGAAAAACUUGUUAGAGCUCUUUUUGCGAUAGCACGGGUUUUACAGCCUUCUGUGGUUUUCAUUGAUGAAAUUGAUUCUCUGCUGAAAAGUCGGAAUGAGAGUGAGCAUGAUUCAUCAAGGCGAAUAAAGACCGAAUUUCUUAUCCAUUUAGAUGGUGUUGCAACUACCUCUGAUGAUAGAAUUCUUGUUUUAGGAGCUACAAACAGACCUGAGGAAUUGGAUUCAGCUGUUAAACGUCGUUUUGCGAAACGUCUGUACAUUGGUUUACCAUCUGCUGCUGCAAGAGCACAAAUGAUUUUCUCACUUCUCAGUGAUCAAAAACAUAAUCUUUCGGAUGACGAUGUACAGUCCAUAGCGAAAUUAACAGACGGCUAUUCUGGAGCAGAUAUGAAACAACUGUGCUCCGAAGCAGCAAUGAUUCCAGUUCGUAAUAUUGUUGAUUCAUUCUCACUUGAUCUUGUUUCUUUCAGCGCUGAAGAGAUCCGUCCAAUCUGUUUUUCGGAUUUCGAAUUAGCAAUGCGUUCUGUUCGCCCAACGGUUGUUGCAGAGGAUUUAGAAGGGUAUCAGGCAUGGAACAAACAAUAUGGCUCUUUUGUUUCGGAAUAA